CCGUAAUAAAAUUGAUAAGGAGAAGAACAACGAAACCCCCAAGAGCGUAGCGCUCCAAAUUCGACGACCGCCUUUACGCUUUCGUCCAUGGCGACGGCGGAUCCUCCGAGGGCCGAUUCCGGCGACGCCACCACUCAGCCACAGAUUCCGAUUCAGCCUCAGCCUUCCAAUACUGUAUCCAUUCCCAACCGUUCCGACGCACUUGUCCCUGCUGCCCCCGCCGUUUGUCUCCUCCGCUUUGUCGGAGACUCCGCCGGCGGUGCUUUUAUGGGCUCCGUUUUCGGAUACGGUGCUGGUUUGUUUAAGAAGAAAGGUUUUAAAGGAUCCUUUGUAGAAGCAGGGUCUUAUGCUAAGACGUUUGCUGUUUUGUCUGGAGUUCAUAGUUUGGUUGUUUGCAUCUUGAAAAGACUUCGAGGAAAGGAUGAUGUUAUUAAUGCUGGAGUAGCUGGAUGUUGUACUGGCCUUGCACUAAGCUUUCCAGGUGCGCCACAAGCUCUCUUGCAGAGCUGCCUCACUUUUGGGGCAUUUUCCUUUAUUAUGGAAGGGCUAAACAAGCAGCAACCAGCACUUGCGGUUCCAAUCUCCCGGAAAACAAGUUUGCAACACAAUACACGCCCACCCCUCAUACUCCCCCUUCAGUUCCCUCUUCCAGAUGAAAUGAAAGGUGCUUUUUCCUUUUUCUGCGAGUCACUGAAGAAGCGCAGCAAGGGAGCUCAUGGUACUUGGCAAUAAGAAAUCAGGGUAUCAUACUUUUCUAGCAUUGUGUAGAUUAGAUAUGGCCCUACCUUCGUUUUUGUAUUAGAUUUCUUGUAGCCUUGUAGCUUUAUUGGCAUUUCUUUUUCCAGAAAUUUAGGGUGAAAGGCAUUGUUCCGAGAACUUUACAUGUUACUUAACCGAGUUUGAAAUAUUACACUCUAUCUUGUACCUUGUUGGUAGAGUAUCUUGGAGAGCAUAAUAUAUGAUGAAUGAUUCAGCUGUGAUUCUGUAACAA